AUGCCUACGAAAACAAGAGCGAGAGAACGGAGAGAGAACAACGCUGAGCUAGACCGAGAAUUGAGCCAAACAGCACAGGGACAAACAAUGACUGAUGCCGGCGAGAUCAAACACCUGUUUGCGGAUUUGAAAGACUCAAUAACUGGAGAGAUCAAAGCGCUCAGAGCAGCGUUUACAGAAUUCCGAGCUGAAACAGAACGGGAUAUGAAGAAAGUAAUGCAACAAAAUACAGAACUUAAACGAGACGCGGAAACAACGAACGCCAGAGUGCUGGAACUGGAAGCCAGGGUGAGCGAGCUCGAGGACGAGAAUGUUACUCAUCAGAAAACGGUGAAACAAUGUAACAGUCUCAUUGUGGAGAUGGGGGACCAGAUGGAUUAUAUUGAAAAUAAAUCGAGACAGAACAACGUUUGCAUUUACAACAUUGCAGAAAGGAGCGAAGGGAAUGACGUUAAUGCGUUUGUACAGAAACUGUUUAAAGAAGCUUUACGCAUGGAAACUGUCCCACAAAUCACUCGAGCACACAGAAUUGGCGCAUGGAAGGAAGGGGGACAUACCAGGAGACCGAUCAUAAAAAAUCUUGUGAACUAUGAUGGUAAAAGAGACCUUCUUAAAGCAGCUUGGUCAAAGAAGGAAAUAUUAUUUAAUGGCGCACGUAUCUACAUGGAUCAUGACUUCACGACCAGAGUGAAACAACAGCGAGCGGCAUAUAGAAAGAUACGGGAGCACCUGCGUCAUCACAAGAUUAAAUCACAUAUUCUGGCCCCUGCAAGACUUAAGGUGUUUAACGCGGAUGGCAACACAACAAUCUACGCAAACGCUGAAGAAGCAAGGAGGGACUUGGAGCAGAGAGGUAUUUAUACAACAGAAGGAGGAGCAGAGGCUGAACGACCACUGUCUAUUCCAGCCCAAUAG